GGGAUGAGCCUACUAGGAAUUACUCCUUCAACUCACAGUUCUGUUUCAUCCCGACUGUUGAGGCUUAGCAUCUUUCUAGUGCUUGGCCUACCUGACUCAGAAGGAAAAGCCAUUUGGAUGGCCCACCUGAAUAUCACGUUUCAGGUGGGAAAUCAGAUCAUAUCAGAACUAGGAGAGAGCGGAGUGUUCGGGAACCAUUCUCCUCUGGAAAGUGUGUCUGGUGCGGUGGCCCUUCCUGAAGGAUGGAAUCAGAAUGCUUGUAAUCCGAUGACCAAUUUCAGCAGGCCUGAACAGGCAGACUCUUGGCUGGCCCUUAUCGAACGGGGAGGCUGCACGUUUACACAUAAAAUCAAUGUGGCCGCGGAGAAGGGAGCCAAUGGCGUGAUCAUCUAUAACUAUCCAGGUACGGGCAACAAAGUGUUUCCCAUGUCCCACCAGGGGACGGAAAAUAUAGUCGCAGUGAUGAUAGGCAACUUGAAAGGCAGGCAGCUCUUGCACUUGAUUCAGAAGGGAGUCUAUGUGAUGGUCGUCAUCGAAGUGGGCAGAGUGCACAUGUCCUGGCUGAGCCAUUACGUCAUAUCUCUGUUGACUUUCCUGGCUGCCACGGUCACCUACCUUUUCUUGUACUGCGCCUGGAGACCUAGAGCGCCUGAUUCUUCCAUCAGGAGGCGAAGACAGAUCAAAGCAGAUGUGAAGAAAGCUGUUAGUCAGCUCCAACUGCGAGUUCUCCAAGAAGGGGAUAGGGAACUAGAGCCCAAUGAAGACAGUUGUGUCAUCUGCUUUGACAUGUACAAACCCCAAGAUGUAGUUCGUGUUUUAACUUGCAAACAUUUUUUCCAUAAGGCAUGCAUUGACCCCUGGCUGUUAGCCCACAGGACAUGCCCCAUGUGCAAAUGUGACAUUUUGAAAACUUAA